UCGGGAAAGGAUACGGAAGGUAAACAGUAAGUUCGACUAACGGACAGCAUGUCGGCAAAAAGUAGAGUUGUAGCCGCUUUGGACAUUCUUCUCAGAACUGUCCCUUUAUUUUUACUUGAUGCUAUUUUAAAUUACGAAUGGGGAAUAUCGAAGCAAACUAAAGCUUUGAUAUCUGAAUUCAGAAAUGAAGGCAAUUCGUCAAAUAGUUCUUGGUUGACCACGACAGGAAUCGAAAAUUUUGGAUUUUCUUUGUUUUGUUACUUGAUGUAUGCACAAGCCUUCAUCACAGUCCUGUUUGUCUUCCUGUUCAACAUCAAACAGCUGCUCUCGAUUUACAUUCGUAUUUCUUCAAUAGGCAUUAUAUUUUUAGCUUAUGAGCUAAAUACAAAUUACAUUGCUCAACACAGCCAUGCAAAGUAUACCCCAGACAUGUUUUACUUAACAAAUAUGACUGUAAAUUAUCUCGUUCACUUUAUCUUGGCCAUUUUAUUUUUUUUCACUAACUCAAUACGUAUAAAGUGGUCAAGUGUUGUAUGGCUUUUAUUUUUCAUGCCAACAGCAACAUGUGCAUUUGACUUACCUUUCUCAAUAAUAAAAAUCUCGCCAGUUUUAUCUGCUACAGGAUGCAUCAUAUUGGCAGUAUACAAUCUGUGGGUUCAUGGACUACAAGUAUGCGAAACUGUUUAUAAUGGAAUCAAUUGGUGUCAUGACACAGUAGAAAUCUAUGGUUUAUAUACAAUGAUAGAAACGCAUUGGAUUGACCAGCAUAUACCUCAAGUUUUCCUUACUUUUUGGCUAUUAAGAUCUACACAUUAUGUAACAAGAAAUGUUUUUAUCAACUAUUAUAAGCACUUAUCAGUAAGUGAAAUUAUGAAAUGUAUAAUAUCUCAUGGCAGCGAAAAUAUUGUGGCUCUGUUAGGCAUGACAAGUGUGGUUUCUCUUGUGUGUCAACUUUUUGGUUACAGUAUUCAACUAUUCCUACAAGUUAAUGAUCCAGCAGAGAAGAACAUCGGUAACGCAGCUGCAACACUAUUCUUGAUAUUAUCAAUCCAAAACGGAAUAACACGGUUAGACCCAACUGCAAGAUAUAUUCGAACUAGUCGCAAUUUAUGCCUCAUCUACACUGCAUUGUUACACUUUGUGUACAACAUACUACAUCCAGUUUUAUUAUCAAUAAGUGCAUCAAAAAAUCCUUCUCCAGCAAAACACAUAAGAGCCUUAAUGAUAGGACUUUUCCUCAUCAUAACGCCAGCAACCAUUUUAAUAAAGCAAUGGAAUAUGCAUGAUGCAUCAACAUGGUUGUUAGCUUUAACCGCAUUCAUGAUGGAACUGAUUAUUAAAACUAUGGUUUCAAUAUUUGCAUACAUUCUCUUCAUAAUAGACUCGUACAAAAAUGGAUUGUGGGAGAAUUUAGAAGACUAUAUCUACUACCUAAAAGUUGCAGCAAACACAUUAGAAAUUGUCUUAGGUUUUUAUUUGUUUUUAAAUGGCCUAUGGAUAUUUAUUUUUGAAUCUGCAGGAGUUAUACGUGCAUGCAUGAUGCUAUUGCAUGCUUAUUUCAAUGUUUACAAACAGGCUAAAAAUGAAUGGCAAUAUUACCUAGCUAGACGAUCAGCUGCUCAAAAAAUACAAUUCUUACCAGAAGCAACACCAGAUCAACUUAAAUCUAAAAAUAACUGUGCUAUCUGCUUUCAAGAAUUAAAUACAGCAAGAGUAACCAAAUGUAAUCAUUUAUUCCAUGGUGUAUGCAUUAGGAAAUGGUUAAAUGUACAAGCAACAUGUCCUCUUUGUCAUACUCAUUUGUGUAGUGGCACUACAAGUACUUCCUAAAUUAGACAGGCAAAUAUGACUUGUUUAUUCUGAUAAAAAUGUUCUAGUCAAAUAAAUACAACAGCUUUUGGAAGUGGACUUUUCACUCUAAAAUUUAUCACACAAUGCGUUGAAUUUGAAAUUUCAUAUAAUCCUGAACAUCACCCAGUUUUUUUUUUUUUUUCGAUAGAGAAAAAACAAUUCUUAGUUUUAUCUUAAUUAGCACCCAUAAUAUUUUUUCCCGUUCCUAAAAUUGUUUCGAUAAUGCAGCGGUUUGACAAUAGCGAUAAUGAGAAUUAGUUUGAGAGUAUGGAACCCUUUCUGCUUCUUUGGCACCCUAUAGAUUCCUUAACUAGCACAAAAAAAAAAAAAAAAUGUCAGCAAUAGGUUCGAAAUGGUACCCAGCCCUUUAGUACAACUUUUAUCUCAAAAUAAGUCUGGGUCACGUUCAAGAUUAUGUGGCAUUUAUUUUUGAAAUCUUGGAUCACUUUCUUGUAGUGAGUGAAGAAAUCAACAUUUC